AUGAAGUACCAAGCUGUUGCGUUCGCCGCUUCUUCCCUCCUGGCUCUCGCCGAGGCUGGGUCUUACCACCGCCACCACCAUGUUCGCCGCAUGGCCAAGCGUGAGGUUCCCCAGGAGCACUCUCACGAGAUCUUCCUGAACAUCACCCGCGAGUUCCUCAACAAGCAGAACCCCAAGGCGAUCGCCGACCCCGUCUUCGGUCUUCUCGGCGAUGGCGCUGCCAAGGCCGGAGCUGGACAGGUUACCAACCUCGCCUGCCUGCACCAGGAGACUGCCGACCAGGCCUUCACCAACGCCAAGGCUGAGAAGGAUAUCCGUGGUAUGUCUGGCGCCCUUGUCUACGCUUCCCUCGAGCGCAACACCGCCGGUAUUGGUGUGGCCUCCGCCGCCUGCACCGACACCGCUGUCAACCCCGAGAUCGCUGCCAUCAAGGCUCACCAGGAUCCCGCCACCGACAACGCUGCUGCCGAUAACAAGGCCGUCACUCUUGAGCUCGCCAAGCAGCUCGCCUCCAUUGGCGGUGACCCCAUGCUCGCUCUCGAGAGCGGUACCUUCGCCCCCGGCGAGAAAACAGACACCACCUUCAAGGGUAACUCUUGCGACGACCAGAACGACCCCAACGGGUGCAUCUUCACUACCAAGACUCUUGUCCUCGACGCCACUCCCGAUGAGAUCAACGCCGCUGUUGCUGGUAUCAAGUCGACUAUUACCGGCGGCACCGGUGAGCUGAAGGCUACCCACAUCGACAUCAACGGCCUCAAGGUUGCCGGCGGCGGUACUGCUACUGGAGCUACCAACGGAGCUGCCAACACCACCUCUGGAACUGGAAGCAGCAGCAACAGCGGCAGCAACAACACCGGCAACAACAAGGCCAAGAACGCCGCUGCUUGCGCUGCUCGGUCCACCAGCAGCAACGCCCAGGCUUCUGCCAACAACUCUACCGGCAACGGCAACACUGGUAACACCGGCAACACCGGCAACGCUGCCGGAGGCACCAACGUCCAGACCUUCACCGGCUCUCUUGGCGGCGCCCCUCCCCCGGUCAUCCAGACCUCCGGCACCCGUCCCUUCUCCGUCAACGGCGACUCCUUCGUCGGUAAGAACGCCGCUCUCGGCCGCUCUUGCGAUGUUCAGCACAACGCCUGCGCCAACGCCGCCAACAGCGGCAAGCUCACCGGCGGCGUCCAACAGUGCGAGGACCAGAACACUCAGUGCCAUGCCGCCAUCGGCAAGCGCAGACGUUCCCUCAGGAUGCGCCAGGCCUCCGACUUUGGUUCUUGCAGCGACCCCAGCAUCGAGUUCUCCAACGCCCUCAAGGACCGCCAGGGCCCUGGCUUCAUCGCCACCAACCAGCAGGACUUCAACCACGGCUCUGCCCAGAAGAUUGGCGUCAUUGCCGGCUUCAUCUGCCAGCGUCUCCAGGACAGCUGCAAGGCUCCCCAGGCCACCAUUGAUAGCUGCAAGGCCGCUGAGACUGCGGCUACCGCGGCCACUCAGGACCAGGCUGCUGCCGAUGCCUUCAACAGCAAGCUUGUUGGCGGCUCUGCCGGUAGCUCCAACUCCACUGCUCGCAUUUAG